UCUCUCUCUCUCUCUCUCUCUCUCUCUCACUUCCAACGUUAAAAUUUAAUUUGCCGUUUUCCGAUAACCAGCCGGCGCCGAUCGCCGGCCUCCCACCGGAAAGGAAGUUGUUGAUCGAAGCUCCGGACGGGACUCUUAGUUUCAUAAUAAAUUUUGAUUCAGGUUUGUGGAAAUUACUAUUUUCUGGUACUUUGUUGCUCUGCAUGAUUCAAGUAGAAAGGGUUUCUAUUCAUGGCAUCAAGAUCUUGUACGAACCUUUUUGAUUUGGCAUCUGGAGGACUUUUGGAUAUUCCUUGUACUCCAAGGGCCCUUCCACGUGUGAUGACUGUUCCUGGCAUUAUCUCUGAUGUGGAUAGCAAUGAUGAUGGGGAUUCAGAUUCCACAUCAUCUGUUUGUCGUGAGAGGAAAAUUGUUGUGGCGAAUAUGUUACCAUUACAUGCCAAAAAGGAUCCAGAAACGGAUAAAUGGCGCUUCAGUUUGGAUGAGGAUUCAAUUUUGCUACAAUCAAGGGAUGGAUUUUCGUCUGAAACAGAGGUUGUUUAUGUGGGGUCUCUCAAGGCUGAAAUAGAUAUCAGUGAGCAAGAUGAAGUUGCACAGAAACUGCUGGAGGAAUUCAAUUGUGUGCCGACAUUUCUACCCAGUGAUCUUCAAAAGAAGUUUUAUUUGGGGUUUUGUAAGCAGCAACUAUGGCCCCUUUUCCAUUACAUGCUGCCUAUGUGCCCGGAUCAUGGCGAUCGCUUUGACCGGUCACUGUGGCAGGCCUAUGUAUCUGCAAACAAAAUAUUUGCAGACAAGGUGAUGGAAGUUAUUAAUCCUGAGGAUGAUUGUGUUUGGGUUCAUGAUUAUCACUUGAUGGUUCUCCCAACAUUUUUGAGGAAGCGAUACUAUCGAGUAAAGCUUGGAUUCUUCCUUCACAGUCCAUUUCCAUCAUCAGAAAUUUAUCGAACUAUGCCUGUUCGAGAUGAAAUUUUGAGGGGUUUGCUAAAUUGUGAUCUCAUUGGUUUUCAUACAUUUGAUUAUGCACGCCACUUCCUCUCAUGCUGCAGUAGAAUGUUGGGCCUGGACUAUGAAUCCAAACGAGGACAUAUUGGGCUUGAUUAUUUUGGCCGCACUGUCUACAUUAAAAUUCUUCCUGUAGGUGUUCAUAUGGGUCAGCUUGAAUCUGCAUUGAAUCUUCCGAAUACAACUUCCAAAAUUAAAGAGAUUCAAGAGCAGUUCAAGGGGAAAAAGAUGAUUCUUGGCAUUGAUGACAUGGAUAUAUUUAAAGGCAUCAGCUUAAAGUUUCUAGCUUUAGAACAACUCUUACAGCAGAAUCCAGAGUUGCAGGGCAAAAUAGUUCUGGUACAGGAAGCAAAGAGUGAGACAUACUUAACUGCCAGAAGGAUAAAUGAGGUUUAUGGUUCACCUACUUAUGAACCGGUUGUUCUUAUUGAUCGUCCUGUCCCGCGUUACGAGAAGACAGCGUAUUAUGCUGUAGCAGAAUGUUGUAUAGUGAAUGCUGUGAGGGAUGGAAUGAACUUAGUUCCUUACAAGUAUAUUGUUUGCAGGCAGGGAACUCCACUUAUAAAUGAAGCUUUAGGCAUUACAGAAGAUUCUCCUCAGACAAGCAUGCUUGUUGUGUCUGAAUUUAUUGGUUGCUCACCUUCAUUAAGUGGAGCAAUCAGGGUUAACCCGUGGGACAUUGAUGCUGUGGCUGAUGCCUUGAACUUGGCUAUCACCAUGCCUAAAUCCGAGAAGCAAUUACGUCAUGAGAAACACUAUCGUUAUGUUAGUUCUCAUGAUGUGGCUUAUUGGGCUCGAAGCUUUGCGCAGGAUUUGGAUAGAGCAUGCCGAGAUCAUUAUAGUAAACGGUGCUGGGGUAUUGGAUUGGGCUUGAGGUUCAGAGUUGUUUCCCUUUCUCCGAACUUUAGGAAGUUGUCUGUAGACCAUAUUGUCUCAGCAUAUAAAAGAACAAAUAGAAGGGCAAUAUUCCUGGACUAUGAUGGAACUGUUAUUCCCGAAGCUUCCAUUAUUAAGGCCCCAAGCCCAGAAGUCCUCUCUCUUAUGAAUUCCCUGUGCAAGGAUCCAAAGAACACUGUUUUCAUUGUUAGCGGGAGAGGAAGGACCUCUCUAAGCGAUUGGUUUGCCUCAUGCGAGACUCUGGGAAUUGCUGCUGAACAUGGUUACUUCUUAAGGUGGAAUAGAAGUUCUGAGUGGGAAACCAGUCCCGUUGGUGCCGAUCUGGAUUGGAAAGAAAUUGUGGAGCCUGUGAUGAGAUUGUAUACAGAGGCAACGGAUGGCUCCAACAUAGAAACUAAAGAGAGUGCUUUGGUAUGGCAUCAUCAAGAUGCAGACCCUGACUUUGGAUCCUGUCAAGCCAAGGAAUUGUUGGAUCAUCUGGAAAAUGUUCUUUCUAACGAACCAGCAGUUGUUAAGAGGGGCCAGCAUAUUGUUGAAGUUAAGCCACAGGGAGUAAGUAAAGGAUUGGUUGCUGAGAAGAUUCUUUCAAGAAUGGUCAAUGAUGGGAAGGCACCAGAUUUUGUGAUGUGCAUUGGGGAUGAUAGAUCCGAUGAAGACAUGUUUGAAAGCAUAUUAAGCACGGUCACCAGUCCAUCGUUGCCUUCUCCUCCCGAAAUAUUUGCCUGCACAGUCGGAAGAAAGCCAAGCAAGGCCAAGUACUAUCUUGAUGAUGCCAGUGAUGUUGUGAAAUUACUUCAAGGCCUUGCUACUGCUUCAAGCCCAAAGCCUAGGCAUCUUCCACAUAUCCAGGUUUCUUUCGAAAGCAUCUAUUGAUUCGAACUGUCACCGUUUGCGUGACCUUAAAUCAUCGUUUUGGCCAGAUGGAUUCUUUUUAACCUCUGAAGUGGUUCGGGAUCAUGAAGGACUUGACCAUUCUUGUUUUGUACGUGGUGACAUCGAAUAUGUAUUUAUCGGUGCCCGGUAAGAGUGAUUGGAUAUUUACAGAUGGCGGUAAUGGCUGUUUUUAACCGUUUGGGGGGCACCAUUUAACUUGUAUAGAUACAAUGUUUUUGUCACAAUAGAUAAAUCUCAGUUCGAUCCAUAAUGAUAUAAUACAUCCUCAAUGCUAAUUGUUUACUUGAUCA